AUGGCCGGUCGCUACUUCGUCAGCGCCCGCAUCAUCCUCCCCGCCGGCCAGGGCAAUGCCAGCACCGUCAACGCCGAUGACAAGACCUCCGUCAUGGCCCUGACCGCCGUCGACGGCCCGGUCCCCUCUACCAUUGACACCUCCGGCCUCGUGCGCGGCACCCAGCAUGAUGUCGGCUGCGUUCUGGUCAAGACCUCCGACACCUCUGCCCGUGUGUACUGGUUCGUCCAGACCACCCUCGGCGGCUGGAUGAUGAUCGACGUCACCAAGAUGACCGCCCGCUCGGUUCACCGCCUGCUGCUUCAGCUGAAGCAGUUUGCUGCCACCCUCAAGAAGUAG